CCAAAUACACUGAAACGAAUACCAUGUUUUCUAGGCAUUCACGUACGGGUUCUGGAUGUCACCAAAAAGGAGCAGAUAGAAAAUCUGGCCAAGGAGAUUGAAAGGAUUGAUGUCCUCUGUAACGUUGCAGGGUUUGUUCAUCAUGGAACCAUUCUGGAGUGUGAAGAGCAAGACUGGGACUUCACUAUGAACCUCAAUGUUCGCAGCAUGUAUCUAAUGAUCAAGGCGUUCCUUCCUAAGAUGCUUAAACAGAAAUCUGGAAAUAUUAUAAAUAUGUCUUCUGUGGCAUCCAGCAUUAAAGGAGUUGUGAACAGAUGUGUAUAUAGUACUUCAAAGGCAGCAGUUAUUGGUCUAACAAAGUCUGUGGCUGCUGAUUUCAUUGAACAAGGCAUCAGAUGCAACUGCAUAUGUCCUGGAACUGUUGACACACCGUCUUUACAGGAAAGAAUCCAAGCCCGACCUAACCCAGAACAGGCAUUGAAAGACUUUCUAGCCAGACAGAGGACCGGUAGGAUGGCUACUGCUGAAGAAGUGGCCCAUCUCUUUGUGUACUUGGCCUCUGAUGAAUCUGCCUAUGUGACUGGUAAUGAACUAAUCAUCGAUGGAGGAUGGAGCUUGUGA